CAGGUACUCUUCAUGAUCAUAUCGAGAAAUCAAGCUCAGUAAAAUGGAGGAGAUAGUUAUACCAAAAGGGAAGCAACUGCGUUUCCGAUGCAACUUCAAGGACUGCGUGAGAUCCAAAAGUUUCUCAAUAGUUUCUGUAAUGGACCAUUUGGCGCUACAUUUUUCGGAAAUAAGAGGAUCGAAACGAGUCUACAAUUAUUACUGUAAAAAGUGUGGAGUCAACUUCUUCCUGUGCGGUAUGUGUUUAGGAUGCAAAUGCAACGCAAAAGGCGGAGGAGAGCAGUUCGUCCAGCUCAAGGAAGGAAAAAUCACUAUCGAGGACAUUAAGCGCGAAGCGCAGUUCUUCUCUUACGUCCAUAAAUGGAUAGUACCUGUUCUGGAAAACGUGCCAGGAGCACAACCCACAAACAAUAGAAGUACUAAUGGCCAAGCAUCUGCAGACACGGAUAACAGGAGACAAGCAGUCAACGAAGCAUCUGCGGCAUCCCAAGAGCGAAGAUCACGGUCAAGAACACGUCGGCCACCCGUCAGUGAUAUUAGAAGUAUGCAGGCAAAUACGUCGAGAAAAAGGCCAGUUCCGCCUCCUCUUCCACAGAGACGUGUUUCACGUAGCCCUGGUCCAAAUUCACAGAACCAUAUGAAUGUGCAGGAGACGACCAGCGUUGCUCAGGGAAGUUCAACUGCACCCACUGCGAGGCGCUCGAGAUCUACUGUACGGCGACCUCCUGUCAAGAAUCGACAAGAUAGUCUGCUUGAGAACAAUCCUUCUCCUCCCCCGAGGCGGCAGAUCUCUCGCAGUCCUGGGCCAAGGUCGCGAACACCGUCUGGAGAAGAAGGAGAAGCAUAUGACAUGCGAAGUUCCGGAGGCGAAACGUACAGGACUAUGCCGACACCAAUGAUGUCCCCACGCUUUGGAGAGAAUGGUGAUUUAGGGUCUAAUUAUUCGGCUGGUAUGCGGAGCAGAUCUCAGAGUCGUUGUGGUACGCCAGCGAUGAACGGUGAAGGAAGAUAUCCGGCCAAGACCACUGGAGAUGAAGAAGGUCGUACGUCGGCGUCUUGGAAUAGCGCCAUGCCGAUGCCACAGUUGUUCAACAACAUCUAUACUCAACAAAAUUUCUCUUCAUCGUCUGCUUCUUGUAAUUCUCAAAAUGGCCUGCGUGCAUCUGCGGCUGGAACUUCGCAGAAGAAGAGUUCGCAAGAAGAGUCUGGGCAAAGGAAAGAAGUUCGGAAGCAAUCGAAUUCACUGCCUGAACCAGUCCCUCCACCAGUCAUCCCUCCACCAGCCAAGUCGGUUGUAACUUCGUCUCCGCUUGCGGACUUGCUACGUGAGGAGGAUUCACCGCCGCCUCCUAAGACUAGCCAUACAGCAGCUCCUUCAGACGGCCACAGUGGAAUUGCAACGAAUGAUCCAGUUACUCGGCUACCACCUCCUCCGCCACCCCCAGCUUCGUUAGUUGAUGUGAAGCCUUCUUCGGAGACUAGGAGAAGCUCUCUUCCGUCUGCUGCUAAGUCUGACAACGCUACUAAGAGGCGUGCAUCUGGUACAGUUCGAACUGUUAAUAAGAAGAGCAGGCAAGAUAGUCUUCUGGAGGAAAAUCCGCCUCCGCCGACACCUCGGCAUGGCGCACGUAGUCCCGGACCUCUGGCUCCACGAAGCCCUUUUUAUGGCGAGCCUGGGUCGAAAACACCUGCGCACACGCACAACUCAGUGGGUGCGCAUACGCCUGGAUAUGGAUCGACGGAGACGUUUGUCUUCCCAGCACCGGGUACUGCCGCUCAAACCCCAGCUUACGGAUCAGCUACACCGUACUCUUCGCGAUCGCCAAGAUAUAGCGGAGGUUCCCCUGACUACGGGAGUGGUGCUCCUAGUCUGUAUGGAGGACGCACGCCACGAGCAGGAAGUUCCACUCCGUACAAUAGUGGAUAUCGGACUCCAGUGGACCAAGGAUCACAUACACCAUUUUAUCCGCGAACCCCAGCAUACGGAGACCGUUCACCUGCUCGAACACCUAACUAUGGGCCAUCAACACCACGCUACGGUUUGGAUGAUUUUGACGGUAUCCAAAACGGGGGAAAUCGUACACCACGUUCCCGUACUCCGAACAGGUCCUACUUAGAUACUUCAAAUGCGACUACGUCGAAGGAGAAUGGAGACUCAGUUGGUGCUGGCUAUACGCCUCUGAGAAUUCCGGAGAGAUAUGCGGAUGGAACCCCGCGAUCACCUCGCUAUGAAGAUGAUGAGGAAGAGCAAAUACCAUUGUACCAGCGCAGCCCGAGAUAUGCUGGAAAUGACAAUGGUGGAGAUGUAACAUGCCAAUCUACGGAUCCGUUGAGCCUGAACAGUCGAGCGAAAACACCACCUCCACCGUCUAAAUCACCUCCCCAUCCUAAUCCGCCAGCUGUGAAUGGAUUUGGCAAUACUUCACAACAGACAAUGCCACCAUUCGCUCAAUCGUUUCCGUUCACGGCACCUUUCGGUCAGAACUGGGGAGCUCCACCGUUCAACCCAUUCGCGCUGCCCUCCGCUGUCCCACCCCCACCUCCUCCACAGCAACCUUCCUCAUCAAAUGGUAUUCGGUCGCAAACAUCUAGCACCGCUCCAAAUAGGCUGAAAGAGUCGAAUCAUGUGACAAAAUCAUCUGCUCCACCGCAGCGUGCUGGUGGCUCAAAUCCCACUCCUGUGACAAAAUUAUCCGCUCCACCGCAGCGUGCUGGCGGAUCAAAGUUUAUCAAUGCUCCACCACCUGCAAAGAACAAAGCUGCACCAACUUCGAAACCUAGAAGAGAAAGAAAACGGAGGCGUUCUUACGAUCGCUCUGAUUCCGACUAAUACAUUCAUGACAGAUUCAUGUGCAUUUCUCUGACUUUUGUAAUCACCGCACUGGGUGCCGUACAGUUACCAUGUGGCCUUUUAUUAUAAACCUCAAUCUGGCCUUUCUCCAGCUCCAUGUUCUCACGUUCCUGCCUCUAUAUGUUACAAAUGGAUUUUUUCCAAAGAGAAUUCGGUUUGCUCGCAUCUCAUUUUAGCAACUUUGCGUAAUAUAUUGCGGCUGGUAAAGAUACUCUUAGGAAAAACAUAGUCCUUGCUAGUUGCUUUCCAGCAAUAUCAGAAAAAGCUAGAUGCAGCAAC